CGCCCGCUCGUGAUGUCAAAAUUCAAAAAUAAUGUUCCCACACGGUUCCUUCGAAAAAAGCUUCCAUUACGAUAACCCAGAGAGUGUUACGUACGUACUCGUACUCGUACAACGUACUCGUACGAGUACCACGAUAUUCACGGUCGCUCCCACCACCCGAAUCUUCUUUUGGAAUGGAUGCGAAUCCUUGCUUAAAACUCCUCGCAGUGCGCCUGCUUUGUCCUCGCAAGAGAAAUACUCACCAUGGUCACACCGGUAGCUUCGUCGCGAGACAAUGCUUUCUUUCACGAUCCUCACCGCCAUCGCUACGGCCAGGGCCUGAGGGUUCCGUGCCCCCCAAGAUCGAGAGUCGUGGCCUAUGCGUUGCGACACUUCGCGAUGGUCGUUGUGUUUUUUGGGGGGAUCAUGGUGGGAGUUACUCUGAGCAACGGAACGAUUGUCGAUUCAUCGGCGCACAGCACUGGACUCUUGCGGCAAGAUCUCACGGCACAAGAACCGGGGUACAGGCCGUUGUUGGAACCAACGCUAGCCGUUCGUGAUCACCGCGAGGGGUGGAAGACCAUGGAGGUUUUCUACGGCUCUGCAGAUUCCGACGAAUCCUUGUCCCCGGGCCACAAAACGUUUUUCUCCCAAGCACGGCAAGACGAAGCCAUACUCAGCAUGCUCCGAAACAAGACAAACGGAUUCUUUGUGGAUCUAGCGGCGAACGAUGCCACGAUGCUGAGCAAUACGUACGCUCUGGAGAAACAUUUCGGAUGGACCGGGCUUUGCAUCGAGCCCAAUCCAAAGUAUUGGUACAACCUUACACACACGCGAGAAAAUUGCCAAAUCAUUGGGGCCGUGGUAGGGCGGAGUCGCAUGGAGCCCGUUCACUUCAACUUUGAUGGACUGGAUCACGGUGGAAUCGCGGGGAACGGUUUUGACAACGGUCCCCGCUUCAAGCGUUCCUCGACCAAAGCGUAUACGGUAACACUGCUGGAGAUAUUUCAGAAGUUUCGUGUUCCAAAGGUGAUCGAUUAUCUGAGUUUGGACGUGGAGGGUGCCGAGGAGUUCAUCAUGAGCGGGUUCCCCCUCAAGGAGUACCAAAUACGUAUUUUGACCAUCGAGAGGCCAAAAGAAAACCUGCGGACUUAUUUAGAAAGCCAUGGGUACAAACAAGUUCUGCGACUUUCUCGCUGGGGCGAGACAUUAUGGAUUCAUGGCGCCUUCGAAAAAUCUAUGGACCUGACAAACAUACAGGAUUUUCACGGAAAGAAACAAUACGCCGAACAAAAGGCACGGCAGCAGCAGCAGCAACAACAACUUAGUUCGUAGAUUGUACACGAACGAAAGUCGGGCUAUAGACAUUGUUGGAGUCAAAGUGCUCGAAGCCGACUCGAGGUGACCCUGUGAGAAGAUGGGUGCAACACUGGGUUGAUCGUAUUUCAUCGAUUAUGCCUUGUGGGAGCGUUUGUGGUCCGAAUAAUAUUGGAGGAAUGAUCCACACCUGGGCUUGUGUUCAUCCGAUCGAAUGAAACUUACAUGUCGGUCAUGUCUUGUCGAUGUUUGGAUCUACAACAACUCAAGAUCGAUGGCUUGAAAUUAGACUAUUGGACAAAAUUAUCAUUGAUAUUUGCUUUUGAGUUUGAGACAUUUUCACUCGAUGUGGAGCUUGCGCAUUCGUACUCAGGUAUGCUUAUUAUUGUAUGCCUUGAAUGGUUGCGAGCGACCGUGUCUUCGUCCGCGUUUUGUUCAUGAAUUUCUCUGGGAGAUUCGUUCUCCUGUCGCAGCACGUUUGAUUUUGCCUUCUUGCCAGCCCUGAAACAUGCCACGCCAUAGCACAUUGCCCUAAGCAGGGUGAUGAUGGAUACCAGAGCAACAGCGUCGGGCAGAAUCCUGGGUGUGGUGUAGGAAUCGAUGAUGUUGAUCCCACGAUAUUUCAAGUCUUCAACGGCACCCGAUAACUCAAGCGGGCACCAUGUGAUCCCAUACCAAGCCACUAUUGGAAAGGAAAAGCAAAGAAGGAAGGAGUCAGGCAACACAAUGGCGUCAAAUGCUUCACGAUGUCGGAGUCAAUCUUAGUUCCCUUCCUUGGUACAAUUAGUUUUACUUACUAGCACGAUCUGGAGUACACCAAAAUGAGUCUGAGCUAGAAAAAUGGAGCUUCGAUAUUGCAGAGAAAGAAUAGCGAAUAGGGCCAAUCUGUAACGGUUCGAUAUGAAAGCAGCAUUACAAAUCGUUGGUAAGAAUGUUCCAGAUUGAAAGAAACCGAGAAGCAAAUUUCAAACUCGCGAACACAAAUUAGUGUCAGUUUGUAUUCCUUACAGCUGAAAUGACAGGGUGCACGGUCCUGUAAAAACCUCCUGCAAUGACUAGCGUUUGAGACACGAUAGUCCCCAGGCAUACGGCACGACCGAUGGACUUCCUCCCUGCACAUUCCGCUGACAGCCGACCCAUCGAAUCAAAUGCUUGUUGUGUUAGCAACAAGACUAGUCCAGUAAGGAAGACUGCAGCUAUACUUGGAGCCAACUGGGUGAGUGAAUCAACCACCAGAGCAAAGAAGAGCGGGAAAGGGCUGGACAAUGCCGUGCCAAUGAACCAUCUGGUAAUGUGAUACGAAUGGAUGCUAACACGAAGACGGUCGUCUUUGUGAUUUUCUUUUCCAUCACCAUCGACAAUCAUCGAAUCGUUUCGAAAUAAAGGAGCUGGAGCACCAAGAGACAUGACUUCCAAAGUUCUAGCGGAAGCUCCCCGGGGCAGCGGUUUAUCGAUUAUAUCUACUCCGGCUUGACUUUCGCCCACUUCCCCAACUCCCGUCAUCUCAUUCAAACUUUUUGUAGACUUUAUGUGCACCAUACAAUAACCAUCUGUUGUCCACGCAUCAGAAUAAUACGUCACAAUCGAACUGUAAACUGAACUAAUCGACCAAAAGGCGCUCAUCCAGAAAAUAAAUGCUAUUUUUUCCCGAAAAACUCUUUCUUCCGUAUUAUAACCAGUGUCGAAAUAUAUUGCCCCGCCGAGCAGGGCGAGUCCGAAGACCUGGACAAAAUACACGACAGUCAUUUUCUUCUUCCAUUCAUCGUAAAAGAUCAAACGAAUGAGACUUUGCAUGUUACUUUCAUUUGGAACCUUCCUGUCACUUGGAUUGAUGAAUACAAUUCCCAGCAAAAGCGUAGCCCCAAUGACUGCCGAUAGAGUGAUCUCAAAUCCGAGCUUUUUAAAGGUCCUUGCAUGUCGGACGCCUCGUAUUUUAUCACCGUUCUUUUGUUCAUUGGCACUUUUCGAGGUCUUCGGACUAUUCUCUUUUUUCACUGCUUCGUGACGACACAGAUGAUCUUUGGAGCAUCUCCACUCCUCAGUAGGAGAUCGAGUCACCAACUCGGGGUCUACUAGGCAUCUACACGCGGGUUGGCGUGCGGACAUUGCUCCUAAGUCGAAAGCUUCGUAAUCGCUUCCAGAGCAUAGUGGAAAUCCAGGUGGCCGACUCAUUGGCACAGUCUCGUUAUGCAAAGUUUUCUCUCGAAUAAUGAGUCCCAACCCAUCAGAAAAAUGGAAAUCUAUAUGACAAUGAGCAAGCCAGUCUCCGGGAUUGUCCGCAAUCAGUCUUGUGACAACAUAUCCCCCUGCUGGUAAGACCACAGUAUCUUUCACCACGAAGCCGUCACGAAUGGUAUUGUCAACAACUUUUUUGUUUAUCGGCCACGCAAACCAAUCAUUUUCGUCCUGACAAUCCGAUAUCGAACAACUUUCCAACACAUCGGCUUCGUGUGUUGCUGCUACCACAAAUUUGUAUCCAUGGAUAUGUAUUGGAUUGGCUACUCUUUGCUGAUGAUUCCAAAUAAGCUGUACUCUACUGC